UCAUUAUGAUAAACUCUCAUAAACAAACUUGAAGAUGACUUUUAAUGGCUUUGGGACGCAGGCAGCUUGGCCUGAUGGCACAGGUUUCUCUGCCAGCGAUUUCGGAGACAUUUCCAAAGGACGAACUUCCAUCCGCGACUUGUGCCAAGGAAUGAACAACUGUAACUUAGUGGGACUUGUCAUCGCUAAGCAGGGAUUUCAUUCUUUUCCAGACAGAAAGAACCCAGGGAGCGAAAAAUAUCACUUCUUUUUUACACUGAGAGAUACGCCUACAGACUUUGUCAACGUUAACUGCUGGGGCAGUGAAACAUUCAUCAAGAACCUUGCAAAUUCCUUCAAAUUAAACGACGUAGUGGAAGUAAGAAAUCCACAAAUCCAAAACAAGCAAAGUAAUGAAACUGAGCAAAGAUGGAGGCCUUGGACGCCAAGUCCAUACCAGUUACAUGUUAGUGACACACAUUCAUCUGUCAGUUUAUUCAAUGGAUGCGACAUGAGCGAGUUUGACAAUAUCUCACACAUACCGAUCAAAGCAAGUAAUGACUUCUAUACAUUAGGAGAUAUAAUAGCCAAUGAUCAGAACUUGCACGGGGAACAUGUCAACAUUCAAGCUGUAGUCAAGAGCGUUAGAGCGCCAAGAGACAUAAUUACUAAAACAGGAAAACAUGUGAGGAGGUGUGAAGCGACGCUUUUUGACGAGACAAGCCUGUCAUUUCCUUUAGUCAUGUGGGACGAGGACAAAAUAGAAUUAGCUCAAAUGUGGACACCUAAAGAUAUAAUUCUUUUUAUCGCCGAUGUCAAAGUCACAUUUGAUGACUUUAAAAAGUGCAUGAUUGCCACUUGCGAUAACAAAACAAUUAUCACUGCAAAUCCAAACACCAUGGAGGCACGUUAUCUGUAUAACUAUGCGCAGUCACUGGAACUUUUAGAUGACGAUCUUUUGAACAAUCCUGAGUCAUCGUUGGAUGUCGAGAAUAUAAAAGACGUUUACAGCAUACAACAACUCAAGCAGUUGAUGGCACAUCUGGACAGCAAUCCUCAACAGUUCCCAACACUGGGCAUUUUUUAUGGUUUCCUGACUUCAUUCGACAUUGACAAUGACUUAAAGCGAAUAAUCGCUUCUCGAUGUGUAAUGUGUAACCAAAGAGUCGCUCUUCUUAGCGAGACGUGUUCAAACUCAGAGUGCGCCGCAUCGCGGAAUCCACAAGCUGGAAGUUCAACCUCACAGCAGAGAAUAAAAACACAGUAUGAAUUGGCAGUCUCUGUAUCUGACCACACUGGAACCAUAGAAAAUUGCAGGCUUACUGAAAAAUGUGCAGAGGACAUGUUUGGAUGUAAAGCAAUGGAUUUGGCCUCCUGGACUAUGUCUCAGUUGACAGAGUUAAAAGUGCAAUUUCUGCUGGAGAGAUGUAAAGUUUUCUUCAAGGUAUCGGUUAAUAACUCUCAUCAAAUUACUUUUCUUCCCACGGAAAAAUAUCCCUGUCUGAAACUCCCGUGA